AUGCGUCCUGAUUCGCGUACAGUGACGAAGCGUGAUCGAAAGCGCAUUCACAACUUACAAAAAGCAUACCAAAAACAAGUUUCAAAGCAUGGUGAGCCGCCAAUAUUAUUUGACAUUCUCGACCUUAUUGGUAAAUCGCGUGUGGACGAAAUUUUGUCAAAGAACCAAGAGUUCGAGCGCGUACCUCCCUUCGGACAAGAGAUCACCGUGAAAAUUGAACGCCUAAGUUCGCAUGGAGAUGGCCUUGCCCUGACACCCCAGGGCGACCGGCUUCUAGCUGUCCCAUUUGCAUUGCCAGGAGAAGUUGUGCGUGUGCUUCCAUACGCGUCAGAGCGUUUGUAUUUCAAGUCGCGUAUUCUUGAGUUAUUGGAGCCAAAUUUGACGAUGCGCGAUCCGAGUCUCGUGCAAUGUCGGUACUUUGGACAGUGUGGCGGGUGCCAGUACCAAAUGAUUCCCUAUGCACAGCAAUUGGAGAUAAAACGAGAAGUUGUACGACGUGCCUAUGCGAACUAUUCGAGAUUAGAUGCUUCGCUUGUGCCGGACGUUCUGCCGACGAUGGGUUCGCCUGAGACUAUGCACUAUCGCACGAAGCUGACGCCUCAUUUUGAUCUUCCCGCUGUGCUUCGCCGGACGCACGGCACAGACCUGCCUGUAGAUAUGUCUGUGUCUGUACCGAUUGGAUUUGACAAUGCCACGACAGGCCGCGUUAUGGACAUUGAAGAGUGUCCCAUUGGGACGCACGUGCUGAAUGAGGCCAUGACACACGAGCGACAAAGAGUGCGGGAUUCAAUACGCUCAUACAAGAAUGGUGCUACGUUGCUGCUUCGUGAUUCGCUGUGUUCAGCUGAUAGUGAUGCAUCGACUGUGGUCACAGACCACAAGGCAACAGUGCAUGAGCGGGUGGGGGGCACUACAUUUUCGACGCCGGCAGGCGCCUUUUUCCAGAACAAUCGCUCGAUUAUUCCAUUGGUCAUGGACUAUGUCAAGUCGCAGCUUCCAUCAAAAAGUAGCCCGCAGUACUUGGUCGACACAUACUGUGGCUCUGGUUUGUUUGCGAUUUGUCUUGCACCUCUGUUCGAUCAGGUGGCCGGUGUGGAAAUCAGUACUAGUUCGAUCGAGUGUGCCAAGGCGAAUGCAAAACAGAACAACGUGCAAAAUGCGACUUUCCUUGCAGGUGAGGCGGAACGUAUCUUCUCGGUAUGUAUAGUAUGGACUAUGCAUAUGACUUACAGGUGA